CUCUGGUGUAGAUGGGCGUGACUAGAAAGGAGAAUAACUUGUUGUCGAUAACGCUAAGAAAACAAGCGAAGGCAAGGGAGUUGUACUUACUUCUCACCGAAGAGAUGGCCCGCAACAUAAUGUGGUUGCCCACGGAUCAUUCUGCUUUAGUUCACUGAUAGAUGAUGGUGUUAUUUUCAUCGGCGUUGCAACUAAAUCGCUAAUGGGAAAAGGGGUAUAAUCGCAGCGAUUCUGCAUUGACAAAAAAACGACGAUCUGCAAAAAGUUGGGACUGGCAAAUAAAACCACUGAUCGGUUACUCAUAACAGAAAAAAAGUUCAGUCAAGAUGAAUAAAUAGCUGCCCUUCGGGAGCCCUUGCACAGAGUCAGCUACUGCGCAGUAAUCACUCUAUAUUAAAGAAAGCUCCCUUCAGAUAAACAAAGCAAGGUACAAAGCAAAAGGUUGAUGCAAAUUACUGCAGUGCCAUGCAUAAACUAUAUACAAUUCUGUUUACAAUUUUGGGUGUACAGAAUCAUAUGGAGAUAUAUGAUCUUCAUUGUAUUUUAUGAGAAGACAUACCCAGUAGGAAGUUGCAAGCUGUUUCUUGCAUAGAAUUUAAUUAGAAACAGAAGCAUAGCUUUGAAAGAGACACAUUUGAUGUGUACUGUUAUCCGAGAAAGACACAUCAUACAGGUGAAGAAUACGAGAAGAUGUGCUGGUCAGAGCUACCAGAUGUCCUACUGGAGGAGGUAUACUCCAAACUGACAUACAAACAGCGCUACUAUUGCUCCAUGGUCUGUCGCCAUUGGUAUGACCUCUUUUAUUCAUCUAAAGUAUGGGAGCAUUUUGUACUGGGAGAGAGAACCCUCACAAGAAGACGCAUGCGCCCAUAUCGCAAUUCCUACAUGUACACCCUCAGCCAGUACAAAGCCAAGAUGUGUUUGGAUAGAGUUGGGGAAUUUUUCAAAAAGAUAACUAUCAAACCCAUAUCAGACUAUUACAAUUUGUAUGCCUUCAUGACAGUGUUGUCAGCAUUUUUGGAGUUCUAUGAGGAGUAUCCUAUGCCACUUCUCCAUGGCUUUCAUUUUAACUUCGGUUGUGAAAACCGCGGUUUCUCAGGCAUAACUGUGCACGGAACUGGAGGGAAGAUUCUAGAAGAGUUGAAAAGGUUGCUGGGUAACAUGAAAAAUCUGGAAGAAUUGACCCUGAAUCAAUUACUACUAGACAAAAAAGAGGCGCCAGGGCUCUUAGAAAGCGUUCUUGAAAACUGUGCAGAGACUCUGAAGGUUCUGGAAAUAGUGAAUUGCACCAAAGGAUCAUACCCAAUGUUUUAUGCAGGGAUGUUCAUGUCUUUACAGAAGCUUAUCAUCAGUCCACAGCACCUGAGUAGUGAUGUGAUAGCCAUGCUGGCCAGCACUUCUCUGACAGACAUUCAUAUUGUACAAGACAGGCAUACAGAUGGUGUGGCCCCCAUAAACAGCCAGACUUGGUUUGAGGUCAAGCAGAUGUCUCCUCGCCUGCAGGUGCGACUUGAGGCACGUGGUGGGACGCGCGAGGAAAUCCUUUUCCAACCUCGCGCACCCGUGACCUCCAUCGUCUAUGAUUCACCAUAUCUGAAAAUGACCCCAGAUGCAGUCAUGAUGAUCACAGACCAUUACCGAAAAACAUUGAGGUUAUACGCCCAGAAGGGGCUGCCCAGAACUCAUGGCUCCAGAUCCUUCCACGAACGCUGCGAUGGCCUUGUGCUGAUGCUGGUCAGACAGUGCCCUGAACUGAGGGUGCUCAUAAUUCGGGAGAGGAUCUCAUCCAUGACGCUGCUCCUGGUGGCUUCACAGGCAAAGAAGUUGCAAAAGCUCUAUGUCCGGCAGAAUGCAGUUCUCAAGAAAACUGAUUGGCCGAAAACUCUUGAAUGGUCUGAUGAGCAUUAUGCCGAUUUGAAAAAGAAAUCUCAGUCAUAUGAACUGUUGCAGAAGGAAAUUUCCAGGUGCAUGGGAUAUCCUUGGAAACUUCUUACUGAUAAGGAGUUUGAAAAGUUGAAGAUUUAAGACAGCAGCAUUUGUUGAAAUUUGCCUCAAGAGGAUUGUUGAAUGCAAUGGAUACAUAGUCAUGUUAUUGCGCACACAUUUAAAAUGAAACACUUGUCAUUUGUCUUCCUGCUCACAGUUUCUCAAAAUACAGUUCUAUGCCAAUUUUGCAGUAUGUCCAGUGGCAAGAGAAAGUUUGAUGAUAUAUAGGUCACUUUGUGAGAUAUACUUGAUUUUACUUGGAAAGUAUUCUCAUCAGUUUCGUGAUUUAUGAUUUACCACAAUUAUACAAGUUUUUGUAUUUGUUUUUUAUGUUUUUAUAUGAGCACCCAAUUUUUUAUAUCUAAAAUAUUCAAAACCUGUGCCAUAAUGUGUUCAAUCUCUUUGGGCCAUUGGAGUAUUUUUGUCUGAAUAUUAUUAUCUGUAUUACUAUAUUUACUUUCAUUGACCACAAGUUACUAGAAUAAUUGGGACAAAGCAGUGAGCACCCAACCCCCCCCCCCCUCUGCCCCAAUCCAUGCUGAUAAGUUGGUCAACAUUAGAUAUAUUAAAAUGUACAUAGCUCUCAAAUUCUGAAUUGUUUUACUUAUUAUGACUAUUAUAUAAGUGCACAGCAUACCUGUAGCUUACUGUCAUGACACUUUUGAUAAUUGUUUCUUUCUCGCUUUUUGAUCUCUGAGGUCUUCCAUAUAGUAAUGUUUCUUCUUUCGUUUUGGGAAUAAAAUUGUAAUGUUGGGAGUUGCAGAGGAUCUU